UUUCAAUUAAAAAAUAAUCUAUAUUGCAAAGGGCCCAGAGGCUUGGACAUGAGUGUCUUAAGUUUUAUUUGUUAUCCUCACGAGUGCCACUGCAUUUGGGUUCCCCAAUCUCCACCACCCAAUCCUUCAUCACAUUAAUCCUUUCAUUCUUUUCCCUUCUUCUUCACCACUGUUUGCUUCGUUUUUGUUCUCUCAUUCUUCAUUCUUUUCUCUUGUUAGGUUACCAAUCGCAUAAUUUCUCUCUCCAGAGUUUUUCGCAAAAAUGGCUGCUGCUGUUAGCGCCGCUGUUUCCUUGCCUUCAUCCAAGUCCACUUCCCUUCCUGCUGCCAGGACCUCCGUCAUUUCUUCUGAGCGGAUCAAUUUCAGCAAGGUGCCUUCUUACAGUAGGAAUGGGUCAUGGACAGGUGGGACGAGGUUUAUGGCAAUCAGAGCCCAGGUGACCACAGAAGCACCUGCCAAAGUGGAGAAAGUAUCCAAAAAGCAGGAAGAAGGUGUAGUUGUCAACAAGUUCAAGCCCAAGGAUCCGUACACAGGCAAGUGCCUUCUUAACACCAAGAUCACCGGUGACGAUGCCCCUGGUGAAACCUGGCACAUGGUCUUCAGCACCGAGGGGGAGGUGCCCUAUAGAGAAGGACAGUCGAUAGGGGUGAUUCCCGAUGGCGUGGACAAGAAUGGAAAGCCUCACAAGCUCAGGCUCUACUCGAUUGCCAGCAGUGCUAUUGGUGACUUUGGGGACUCCAAGACUGUGUCUUUGUGUGUAAAAAGGCUUGUCUACACCAAUGAACAAGGGGAGAUAGUUAAAGGAGUUUGUUCAAACUUUUUGUGUGACUUGAAGCCUGGUGCCGAUGUGAAAAUAACUGGACCUGUGGGGAAAGAGAUGCUCAUGCCGAAAGACCCGAAUGCAACUGUAAUAAUGCUUGCCACUGGGACUGGAAUUGCCCCUUUCCGCUCAUUCUUGUGGAAAAUGUUCUUUGAGAAGCAUGAAGAUUACAAGUUCAAUGGUUUGGCAUGGCUCUUCUUAGGUGUUCCUACCAGCAGCUCGUUGCUAUACAAAGAGGAAUUCGAGAAAAUGAAGGAGAAAAAUCCAGAAAAUUUUCGGCUAGACUUUGCCGUUAGCAGAGAACAAACGAACGAGAAAGCGGAGAAGAUGUACAUCCAGACCCGGAUGGCCGAAUAUGCUGAAGAGCUAUGGGACUUGCUAAAGAAAGACAAUACCUUUGUCUACAUGUGUGGGUUGAAGGGAAUGGAGAAGGGUAUCGACGACAUCAUGGUGUCCUUGGCUGCAAAAGAUGGUAUCGACUGGUUAGACUACAAAAAACAGUUAAAGAAAGCAGAACAAUGGAAUGUGGAAGUGUACUAGUUUAUGUUCUUGUACAAAUAUCACCCAGCAUUAUGAUAUUCUCUGUGCUGAUGUAGAUUGGUAAGUGGUAACUUUAAGAAAAAAAGUUUCUUCCUAUUUCACCUAUAGUCCCUCCGAUUGAUAAAAGUUUGAGGGCAUAUUUGAGUUAAAUGUAUCGAAACAAAAUUAUACCCUCCAUAUAGCUUCCUUGAUUACUUUGAUGCUUAUUGCUUCCUUGUUCUUCUUUUGCGUCUUUUCACUAUAUUGUAAUACCAUGAGUAGUAGUAUUAUAAUUGAAAUUAUUAAGACUUUGGCUACAUGGGUUCCUCACAAAAGGACAUGCCAAAUGAAGGCCUGCCGGCAAAUACCUGCAUACUAA